CAUGGCGGGGAUGCCGGGAGCACAGGAGGGUCCUGCUGUGGGCCCUCCGUGACCCCCCAUGCCCUCGCCAGGGCGCGGGCCGCCAGCGAGCAGGCCCGGCAGCUGGAGAACGAGCGCGAGGCGCUGCAGCAGCAGCACAGCGUGCAGGUGGACCAGCUGCGCCUGCAGAACCAGAGCAUGGACGCUGCCCUGCGCAUGGAGCGCCAGGCUGCCUCGGAGGAGAAGAGGAAGCUGGCCCAGCUGCAGGUGGCCUAUCACCAGCUCUUCCAAGAGUAUGACAACCACAUCAAGAGCAGCGUGGGAUUGCAGCUGGAAGAGCUCAAGCAGCAGCUCAAGCAGGCCGAGGAGGCCCUGGUGGCCAAACAGGAGCUGAUCGACAAACUGAAGGAAGAGGCUGAACAGCACAGGGUGGUGAUGGAGACGGUCCCGGUGCUGAAAGCCCAGGCGGAUAUCUACAAGGCAGAUUUCCAGGCUGAGAGGCAGGCCCGGGAGAGGCUGGCCGAGAAGAAGGAGCUCCUGCAGGAGCAGCUGCAGCAGCUGCGGAGGGGCUACAGCAGGCUGAGGGGCGGCUGCCAGGACUCGGCCAGGAUCGAAGACAUGAGGAAGCGGCAUGUAGAGGUCUCCCAGCCCCCCUUAGCCCCGGGCCCAGCUCAUCACUCCUUUCACCUGGCCCUGCCCAGCCAGAGGAGAAGCCCCCCUGAGGAGCCGCCCAACUUCUGCUGCCCCAAGUGCCAGUAUCAGGCUCCUGACAUGGACACCCUGCAGAUACACGUCAUGGAGUGCAUCGAGUAGGGCUGCCUGCCGACACCCAGCCCAGGACAGUGCAAUCUGUUGCUUUCCUCUCCUGUCUGCCUGGUCCUGAAUUAGGGGCUGGGUGACAGAGGGUGGGCCCCUUCUCUGAGCCCCGAGAGCUAGCCGCAGGGCCUUACGCUUCUGCGCCCCCGUCCGCUGGUUCACCUCUCUUAGGGCACACGGAGCCCCAGAUAGGCCCGAUGCUCUGCUUUUUUUGUUCGUUCUGUCUGCUUGAACUGCUUGUCUCCGGGGUUCGCUCUUCUUCCACCUGUGCUGGGGAAGUCGAGAGCCAAGGCCAGGGCUCCCAGACAGCUGCUUCCCAGGCUGAGAUGGGCAGGAGGGCCUUCGUCCCGGCCGCCUGGCACGGUGCAGCGCUGCUCUCAUGGGCUGUGUGCUGGUCCGCUGCGGCCGCACCACUGUGGAUCGAACUUGUCUGCUGCUAGUGGACGUUUGGGUUGUUACUGGUCUUUUUACUGUCAUAAACAACACCACGGUGAAAAUCCUUGUGCAUCCGUCGUAUGUACCUUUGGGUUGGAUCCCGCAGCAGCGGCACCACUGAGCGGGGGGCAGACAGUACCGGCGCUCCCCAACCCUGGGCGCGCUUUCCCGCUCCUCCCUCCCCGUAGCCCUGCCGUGGAUGACCGGUGUCCAGCCGGCGGGCUUGUGCCAUCCACCAGGCGAGCCGUCCUCUGCUAAGAGCGAGCUUGAGCAUCUCUCAGAGCUUGAAGGGUCCUUUUCAGUUCUUCUGGUGUAGACAGCCUGUUUGUAUUUUCUGCCCAUUUUUCUGUUGGGCUGUUAGUCUUUUGUUCCUUGACUUACAGGAGCUCUUUGGUCAUUAGUGGGAUCAGCUCGUGGCUGGGAGAGCAAUUUCGGCUAUCUUUUCCUCCUGACUCGGUACCGGCGUGUUCGGAGCUUGUCAUCCUUGUAGUCACGUUCAUCCACUGUUCCUUCACGGCUUGGGGCUUGGAGUUGCUGUGACCACCUCUUGGUCUGGCAAGGGGCGCGUCCCACACGUACACUUUCCCUGUCCUUGCCCUGACACUGCAGUGCGCUCUUGUCCUCCGCAGGUGCGUUGCCACCCAGCGUGAGCAGUGGUGGCCAUAAGUCGUCACAUUCCAAAAGUUCGUGAUGCCGUUCCCCACGCCAGCCGCAAAUGCCCCGGCCUGGCCAGCAGAAGCCACUCAGCCAUCUUUGGCAGAUUACCAGCACCAGAGAACUCUUCCUCGUUGUUUUGCAAGAUUCUGGAUAUUUCCGAGGAUGUCAAAGCUGUGGGCAUUACCCCUGCAACUGUGGUUUACUCCUCAGUGCCCAGCCUCUUCCUGCACCCCGCGGGCUGCCCUGGUUGGGAAUGGGAUGUCACAGAUCCGCCCCUGGGUUUUGUCCAGGCCUCCCUGCUAUGUGGCAGUGACAGGGUGGGCUAGGGUCGGGGUAUAAGUCUCCUGCUGGAAGAUGGCCCAGCCCGCAUCCUGAUCCAAAAACAAGCCUCGGCUGGGGGCUUUCUUGGCAUCUGCAGGGGUGGGAGGGGCUGACCCGCUUCCUGAAGCCCAAGUAUAUAGUCGCAGAUGGUCCUUCGGGAACACGUUAAAGGCACAGAUAGGUUCUCCGCUCAUGGGUGCUGCGUUUCAGUCCACAUCCUGCAAUUUUUCUACAGGAGCACUUUCUGUUUUGGGGGGAAUGUGCUAGUUUCCUGUUGCUGCUGUAACAAAUGGCUACAAACUUGGUGGCUUAAAACAACAGGAAUUCAUUCUUUCCCAGUUCUGGAGGCCAAAGUCUGAGAUUCAGGUGCGGGCAGGCUUGGUUCCUUCUGGAACCUCUGAGGGAGCAUCAGUUCUGGGCCUGUCUCCCAGCUCCUGGUGGCUGUCCUCGGUGUUCCUUGGUUGGUAGACGCAUCUCUCCGGCAUCUGCCUCCGUCUUUACGUGGUCUUCUCUGCUUCUGUCUGUGUCCUCUUUCUUCUCUUUUAAGGAUGCUUGUCAUUGGAUCUGGGGCCCACCUGUGUCAUCCAGGAUGACCUCAUCUGUAGACCCUUACUUUCAUCACAUCCCCAAAGACCCUUUUUCCAAAUAAGAUCACAGUCGCAAGUUCUGGGGGUCAGGACACAUGUGUCUCUCUUGGCCACCAUUCAGCCCAGCACAGGGGCGUCUUCUGGAGCCCACAGAUUAGGACAGACGCAGUCCAAGGCAGGCGUCUCUAGGAGCUGCAGCUCUGUCGGAGGGCUUAUUCCCCAGGGUGAUGGUGGUGAGGAAAGCUGGAGUUGGGGGUGGGUGGGCCCUCGCAGGCUUGGGGACUGUCGAUCCUUAGGACGUCUUGUCUCCAGCUGGACACCGCUGCUGGGGCCGACGGACGUGGCGGGAAAAGGGGGCAGUGCCACUGGACCACCUGCCACCUGGGCUGGCUCCUGGCUGUGUAGGGAUUGGCUUCGUGCUUCUGACAGGGCGACAGGGGUGCACAGGAGCCCUUCUCUGAUCAGCUCCCUUUUCUGAAAGGGGGUUGAAAGAAGGGGAGACCCUGGAGUGGCGCGAGGUGGGCGUUCUCCCACCCAGGAGCGCGCCCGCAGCUCGGCGGUGACCCCCACGCAGGCUGCACAGCGGCAGUGGCGAGAGAGCUUGACAACACGUGCUGCCCGCGCCCCGGGCCGGCUGAGUCGGGGCUGGGAUAGGACCAGGCGCCGGCCGGGAGCCACUGCUCUUCGGAACCUUCUCUUCCUGGAGGCUCUCAGGAUUACUGUAACUUUGGAGUACAGUCUGGAGCUAGGGAGCCUGAUUCCUCCUGUAGGGCCGACUGGACCCGAGAGACCGAGGGUUGGAAACCAGGGCUUCCACUCUCUGGCUUCGGGCACAAGUGGCUGGAUUCCUCCCGUGAGGGAAGCAGCCCCUUGAUCCUCAUGACCCUGGGUUUGGGAGGUGGAGACAGACAGAUGGAAGCACAUUCCCUGUGGUCAUAUUCCCACACGCCCCACUUCGUUACCUGCUUAAGAGGAGACCAGGUGAGCCAUGAAAUAAGCACCAUAUGAAAGGUUUUCUCCCUCGCGAAAGACUAAAACAACACAGACUCAGACUACACAAAAAGUGAUGUCAAAAUAGCAACAAAUGAAGACUUCCCGUGCCUUGCUGACAAGGCGCAGGGACCCCCUUCCGUGGGGGCCAGUCGGGCGGGGUGACGACUUGGGCCUGUGCAGCCAGCGCUGCGGCCACCUCAUCACCUGGAACACACUCUGUAGCACCUUGGUGUGGAAAAGCCAAUAGACACAAUUAUGUAUAAAGUGCGACCCCCAAUAAAAGAGGAAAAGCUGCCGUGCACACCCUGCUACCAUUUGGAUGGAUGUGGCGGUAGCAUUACCAGUGAUUAAGUUUUCCUUAUGUAUGUACUUUCUAGAUGCCUAUCAUUUGCAUGUAUGAGUUUGAUACAUAGAGGAUAUAUGUUACCGCCCUGGGGUGGGUGCAGCAGGGGGUUGACUGCAGGUGGCUGUGGCAGCAGAUGGUGCGAGGGCCGACUUGGCGCUUCCAUGCUGCGUGCGCAAGCUGGCUGGGGCAAACGACAGAGACGUCUCGUCUCCCAGUUGUGCAGGCCGGGAGGCCGAGGUCCAGGGGUGUGGGCAGGGGCACUUCCUUCCGGGGACCGCGAGGGAGGGUCCGUUCCAGGCCUCUCUCCUGGGCUUGUAGUUGCCGUCUGCUCCUCGUGUCUUCACGUCGUCUCUCCUCUGUGCGUGUCUGCGUCUCCAAAGGUCCCCUUUUUAUAAGGACGCCAGUCCCAUCGGAUGCGGACCCACCCCAGUGACCUCACUUUAACUCGAUCACCUCUGUAAAGACCCUGUCUCCAAAUGCAGUGGCAUUCUCAUGUCCUGCGGGUGAGGACUCCCAUGUGUCUUCUUUGGGGGGGCACAUUUCAACCCAUAGCACGUGGGGCACCCAGCCCUGUUCUAUAGGAGGCCCGAGACAGCAACGAGUCUGCUAUUUUCUGUUAGAAAACGCAGCUCUGCCUGCUUUGCGAGUUGGAUGCCUUUGGUUGCCAGCCGACCGCUGACACGUUAGAAAGGGGACAGGGCUGAGCAGGUUCCCUUGGGCGCAGCAGGACGUUGCCCGUCUGAACGGACAGAGCGGACACGUCCCCGUGCGGGCUUUGCCGAGGAGCAGAGAGCAGCAGCGGCUCCUUGGGGAGGAGAUGGGCCCGCACGACGUCUCCCUGGGCCCGUCUGCUGUUUGAUGGUGGCCUGGUGAUUUUACCUUUCUGAGCCUCAGGCUCCUCAUCCAUAAAAUGGGACCCUCCAAGUAUUGACUUCCAUUUGAGCAGGUUGUCCUUCGCACACUGUUCGUACGUGGUGGAUGGAGAAGAGGAAACGAAAUAGCAGCACUUUGCGGGUGGGCAGUGUGGGGUGUGGCUGCUUCAUGGUUUCUGCGACCUCCUCCCUUACUUUUUGGAGUGUCUCGUGCCUUAGUGGCGCUGAAGCCACGGCAAGGGCGGCUCUUUUCGUUUGUUUGUUUGCUUGUUUGCGGUACGCCGGCCUCUCACUGCCGCGGCCUCUCCCGCUGCGGAGCACAGGCUCCGGACGCGCAGGCUCGGCGGCCACGGCUCGCGGGCCCAGCCGCUCCGCGGCACGUGGGAUCCUCCCGGACCGGGGCGCGAACCCGCGUCCCCCGCAUCGGCAGGCGGACUCUCAACCACUGCGCCACCAGGGAAGCCCGCAAGGGCGGCUCUUGAAGAACCUUGGCCAAGGCAGAGCUGAACUGUGGCUGAGGUACAAACCACAAGCCUCCGAAGCAGACAUCUCAACCUACAGUCAAACUGCGCACUGCACCAUGGGUGGGCGGGUGGGGGAAUGUCCCCAAAUCCAGGUGUGUAAAGUGGGGAGCAUGUUACUGCCGCGUCUGUGGGGUCAGCCAGGCGGGCAUGGUCGUGAGCCUUCACCGUGUCUCCUCAUUUAUUUGCAAAAGACCUCUCUAGCCCCAUCAGGGUAACCAGUGUGUAGAUGUUCAGAAAUGGAAUGAGAAAACGUGCUCGGACAGACAGCUGCACACUGACCCGUGCUUGUACCUUUCCCGCUGACCCUGACAUCUGAGAGCAGUUAAGUGCAACCAACUGAACGUAGGGUGGGAAGCAAAACUGAUUUCAUAAGAACAUAGCGGGACUGUUGGGCUGACACAGAUGUUGUAAACACGGUGCUCCACGGCAGAGGUUCCAGGGUUCUUGGUUGGAUUAGGUGCUCUGCUAAGCACAGGGGUGGCCAACCCCGUGCUUCACUCAGGCAUGAGGAGCCGCUGCUUUAGGAAAUCAGGAAGAAGUAAACAAUGCACCCAAGCCUUAUUCGCGAGUGUGGCAGCACAGCUCAUGAACUUCUGACAGACCCGGGGGUUGGUUACAUAACUGCUUCUGUUACCCAGUUGUUGGCAAGCACUGACUUCCUAACAGCUGGGCUUCUCUGAGCACGUCCCCAGCAACUGCAUGGUGUGUUGCUCACAACAAACCAGACGCACACACGCACACACACACUUCGUUGAUCCCUGGCCUCACACACACACGCGCGCGCACACACACUUCGUUGAUCCCUGGCCACACACACUGGUAAUUCAUUUUUUAAAAGCUGAUUUUUUUUUUAACAUCUUUACUGGAGUAUAAUUGCUUUACAGUGGUGUGUUGUUAGUUUCUGCUGUAUGACAAAGUGAAUCAGUUAUACGUAUACAUAUGUUCCCAUAUCUCUUCUCUCUUGCGUCUCCCUCCCUCCCACCCUCCCUAUCCCACCCCUCUAGAUGGUCACAAACCACCUAGCUGAUCUCCCUGUGCUAU